UGUGAUCUGUCUUUCUUUCUUGUCAUAACUUCCAACCAAAAUUGAGAUGGACCCUUCUGUAAAACUGAAACUAGUUGAAGGUCACUAUUUUUAGCCUCUUUUCUCCAGAUUUUCUUUAUAUCUUCCUUCCUCCUCUGUUUCUUCUUGAAACCCAUUCAUUAUCUUCUUCUUCCUUUUCAUCUGCUGAAUCAAAACUCGCAAAAAAUCAUCGCCAUGAAGCAGCAGAGGAAGAAGAAGACGACUAGGAUUUGCUGGAUUCCUCCAAUUUCACUCGUCCCCAUUUGCUGCUUCCUCUUCUUACCCAUCAUUGCUCACAGCUCAAAUGACCAAACUUCAGCUACAAUGAGGCUUGAAUUGGUUCACAGGCACGACCCUCGAGUUCAGUUCCAUGGCAGGAAACAGAGUCUUGACAGGUUCGAACGAGUCAAAGAGCUUGCUCACAGAGACAUGAUUCGCCACACGAGAAGGAAGGUUUGGGAAACUUUUGAAAUGCCAAUGCACGCAGGGAGAGAUUUAGGAGCUGGAGUGUAUUUUGUUCAAGUCAAAGUUGGCACACCAUUUCAGAGAUUCUGGCUUAUUGCAGAUUCAGGAAGCGAUCUCACCUGGUUCAACUGCAAUUACAAGCCUCAAAAUUUCACUUCACAUCGCAAGCGAAAAUCUCAGAGCCGAAGGAGGGUGUUUUCUCCUCAUCGUUCUCGUACAUUUCAACCAGUGGCUUGCUCAUCUCAGGAAUGCAAGGUUGAUCUCAGCCACCUGAAUUCUCUCCGGGCUUGUCCUAAUUCAUCAGCUCCAUGCCUUUAUGACUACAGAUACCUUGAUGGCUCAGGAGCAAUGGGAUUGUUUGGCAGGGACACUUUCACAGUAGGCCUGACAAAUGGGAGGAAAGGGAAACUGAGAAACAUGAUUAUUGGAUGCACAAGAUCUGUGAUUAAAGGUCCAACAGUUAGCAAGGACAUUGAUGGCUUAUUAGGGCUAGGUCUUUCAGAUGACUCUUUCGUUGCUACAGCUGCUUCACAAUAUGGAGGCAAGUUCUCAUACUGCUUAGUUGACCAUCUAAGCCACAAAAACGUUUCAAAUUUCCUAACUUUUGGCACAACAAUUUCAAAAGCAAGUCUCCUGAGAGAAAUCCACACAACCCCACUUGUGGUAAUCUCUUCAAAUUAUGGCCUAAAUGUGGUAGGUAUCUCCAUUGGAGACCGGCUUCUGAGAAUCCCACAAAUAGUCUGGGAUUUCAAUGCUAAUGGAGGAGCCAUACUUGACUCAGGCACUUCCUUGACAUUACUUGCCAUGCCUGCCUAUGUAUCUGUCAUGGAGGCUCUGGUGAAACCUUUAGAUGCGUUUGAGAAAAUGAAGGCAUUUGAGCCAUUUGAGUAUUGUUACAGUAAAAAGGGGUUCAAUGAGAGUUUAGUGCCAAGACUGGCUUUUCACUUUGAAGGAGGUGCAAGGUUUGAGCCACCAGUGAAGAGCUAUGUGAUUGAUGUUUCUCCAAAAGAGAAGUGCAUUGGGAUUGUUGGAAUUGAUUGGCCUGGUGUUUCAAUCAUAGGCAAUAUUAUGCAGCAAAAUCAUUUGUGGGAAUUUGAUUUGUUUCAUAACACUGUGAGCUUUGCUCCAUCUCCAUGCUGAUAUAUACCAAAUUUAAGUGUUUGGUUCUUCAUUUGCAGGAGAAGAAACAGCACACAAACAGACAAGCAAAUGACUUUAAUUUGAGACUUCUUAUAGUUGCUUUGUUGUUAUAUAUUGUGAUGUGAUUAUGACAAUGAUGAUUAAUAUAUUCUUUCAAUUCUCUUUCUAUAUAAUUUCUUUGUUUAAUAAUACAUACAAAUGUGUAUCAUAAAGCAAGUGAAAGUU